AUGAGAAGUUACAAUUAUUCAUUAAAAAAAUUUUUGUUUGAAAUUUACAUCAUUAUUGUAAUAAUUUUCUUUACGCUUAUUCCAAUUGUAAUUUCGGGGCAACAAAAAACUCCAUAUUUUGAUCCAAACAUACAAUCAUGUGUAGAAUGUCAAAAAAAUUAUUCUACAAUAGACUCAUGUACGAAAUCAAACGAAAUAUUCAAAAAUUUUAGUAGUGUCUUAUACGAUCCCCUGGGAUUUGUCGAAGCUGCAAAGUGUGCAUGUCUUGAUACAUUUCUAAAAGUUUAUCCAUUAUGUGUGGAAUGUUUUCAAGCUACAAAUCAACAGAACACCACAUUGAAUACUGAUGGAACGCCACCUUCAAUUGAAUAUAUUAGAGAUGCUUGUGCAGCUGUUGCUUCCAUCACAAGCAAUUCCAGUACAACUAUUGUUGCUUAUCCCUCGACCACUACUGGACCUUUUGGUUAUCGACCAACAACAAGUGGAGUGAAGGAUAUUAUUGUUAAUGUUGGUAGUAAUGGAUUAUGGGUUAAUACUUUUAUUAUAUUUAUUACUGUUAUAACAUUAAUGUUACAGAAUGGUUGUAUGUAA